AUGGAAAGACUGAACCCGGAUCUAAAGAUACACACACCGCUUGCAGAUGUUGUACUUGUACCCCUCAGUACUGUUCCUGGUAAAUUUUGCAAAUCCUGGUUCCAGGAGCUCAAAGCCAAGUAUGCCACGGAGGAAGACUUGGAGAAGUCCAUCAAGGAGCCGAGCCAAGAGACUGACACCAACAUCAACUCCCAGGGACUAUGGAGUCAAGCGGAGUCCGCACUGAUCAGGCUCCAGGAUGUACACUUCGAAGCUAAACAUCUCUCCGAUGUACUGGUCCUCGCGGAGAUGUACCAAAAGAAGUGGGACACGCUGCUGGGCAAGGCCGCCAAAUGCCCCCGAUGCUUCUUCGAUAUCGAGCUCGACGGCGAGAAGGUGGGCCGUGUGGUGAUGAUGCUCCGCGGUGACGUGGUGCCGAAGACGGCGGAGAAUUUCCGGGCGCUCUGCACCGGGGAGAAGGGCUUCGGCUAUAAGGCGAGAAGGGCGCUAUGUGGCGCCGGGGAAGAUAUGUCCGAAGAAGAUGUGGGAGACCAAGAGGUGCUUUUUGGAUUACAAGUUGAGCUUCUAGAGUGCAAAUCCCAAGUCAGAAGGUUGGAAGAGCGGGUUGCGGUUUUAGAAGAAAAGAGUGAUCGAGCCCCUUCGGAAUUCGACGUGGUCAGUGAAGCUGCUGAGCGCGCUCCGGCUACACCUCCUCGGGCCUCGAGCUCGGUGGGCGAUUCAGGAUUGCCUGCCUUCCGGGUGCAAGCUGCGGAGGAGAUCGGGCGGUGGUUGCGCAGGGGGCUGAAAGCGGCAUUGAUGGCAGCAGCUGAAGCCGUGCGGGAAGAGAGCGAGGCGGAGGUUCCAGAGCUUUCCUCGCUCCGAGACAAUUUUGUGAUCUCUGGAGAUACUUUGAUUGAAGACUUCAACAUAGGCAUUUUGUCUUUUGAAGACCCCCCCAUCUCGACUAGUGUGAUCUCAGUCUCCCUAGUAGACAACCGUGUUCUGGUUGCCUUGCCUGAGCCUGCAUGGAGUCGCCUCAAAAGAGAACGAGCUCUCCCGCCUGGGGCGCUUCGCAAGGCGGUGCGGGUGGAUCUGCAGUCCUGUUCCGAAGAGGACCGGCUGCAGCCUGUGGGAGAGCUAGACCUCAGAGUGUGGCUGGGCUUGCUGGCGGAGGAGUACGAGGACCUCGCAAUUUUUCAAAGCGAGGAGGAGCCAGUUAUCAGUUUUCCACUCAAUGCAGAAGGGCGACCAGUUCUUCCCUAUGCACGCUCCCUGGUAGCGGUGGCCCGGGAUCAUUUCACGUUCCUCAGUGCAGAGAGCGGGCUGGGACAGCCGGAAGGAGGCGGGACUGUCUCCGAAAGCCGUCUUGCGAAUCUGGAAAAAUCAGUGCAGGACAUUAUGAACAAGUUGGGCAAGCUUGUCGAUCAGCAAGGUCCCACUCCCUCUCUGAAGACCAAGGAAAAAGAGAAAACUCGGCCACAGACUCAAAGGCCAGUGGCGCCGCCGCCAGAGGAGGCUUUUGCUCCGCCGCCUGGACUAGAUCCUCAGGCGGUUCAUCAAGCACUGCAAGCUGGAGUUACCCCGAACGCCAUAGCAGAGAUGGACGCUCUCCUCGAUUCCUACGAAUCUGGAUCGGGAAAGGAACCAGGCUCCAGCUUGAAGUCAAAAGCAGCGGCCCUCAGACAGUUGCAGCGCUUGCUUGUCACCAACCCCACAGUGAUCUAUCAGAGUCUCGAGAGGAGACUCCAAGAAGAUUGGGAUGCCUCCGAAGCUCUACCGGGGGUCUCAGCGACUCAGAUCUCUGCUCGAGGAUGGCUGGAACAUCGCAGCCGAGUUCAGAACUAUCAGACAUCGGUCCGAUUCGGCUGGACGCUCGCAGGGAUUUGGGAUUGCCUCAGAUUGGGGCGCUACGAAGAAGCAAGGGCUCGAGCUGGCUUGGGGGUAGCUAUGAUCGAUCAGCAUGCUUGCGACAAGGGCUCUUUUUUGGUGGCUUCCGAGCUGACGCUGGAGGAGCCUCCGCCGUUCGCAUCGUUCAGCCGGCACAGUCCGCCGGAGAUCUGGGAGACUCAGCACACCAGGUUGAUAGAUGGAAGGUGGGUCGAUCUGAUUCUGAACAAGCUUCGGGAUCUAGCCGACUACCACGACAAGAGGAACAAGUUGCAGCCACCCAGGAAGGAUCCUGCAGCCCCAUCGCCUGCUCCAAAGGCAAAACCUUCGCCCAAGAAGAAAGGCGAGGGGAAAGGGGGAAAGGAGCUAGACCCCACGACUCAGGAGGCUCAGAACAGUCGUCGGCACGGCUUGCCGGCUGAGCCUUCCUUGGACAGAACGACUGCCCCGGUGCCUGGUUCACAGGCGCCUAGUUCCAGUAUUUUACAGCUAUGGACAGCCAUGACUAGGUGGAUGUUGGGUUCCGGCUCAACCUUCGCUGAUUUUUUCCGGUCUCUACCAAAGUCCCCGCCUUCAGUUGAUGAGGGCACAGCUUUCGAUGUGUGGCCUAUGCCUCCUCCCUAUCCAUGUUGGCUUCUACCCGGAGCUGCUACAAGCAAAGACAUCCCUUUUCCAGUGCGAGCCAGGCAAAAAGCUGUGAACCUCGCAGUGCUGACGCUGUCUUGGCUGCAUCUCCGACGACCUCGUCGGGCACCGCCGGAUAUGAGGCUGGGGAAGCAGCUGACAGCUAGGCAAAGAAGGGCUGUGAGCAAAAUCGAGAUCUUUUUUAGGGAGGUGAGCUUUGAUGGAAACAUCGGUCCUGCGGAAAUGGGCAGGACAGCCGCAAAGAUCGAGAGCUGGGAUGAUCUUUUGUUUUCCUUGCGAGAACAAGCCUCUAGUUUGCAUGCCGGUGACUAUAGCACAAAGCUGCGGUCACGUGAAGCCGCUUUGGGAGAAACCCCGAAACUUGGGCGCCAAGAUGGAGAUGUGGGGUCUGUAGUCGGCACUAUGAGCUCUGCAAUGACGGUGCAAGCCAAAGAACUGCAAGCCUCCCGGAUAGCUAUGCCCAAGAAUGCUCCUGAAUUUGAUCCUGGCCCCCUUUUGGAUGAGCCUCACCGUACCGUCUACACUGACCCGGUGAGCCUUGCUCGGCCUGUGCUCGAGGCUAGGAUGCCUCCACGGAUCAGAGUUCAUGCCACACCAAUCGAAGCUCUAGCUUUUGUAGAGAAGUUGGAUCAGCACCACCGCUUGCGCUUGGCUGAAAAGGAGGAGAUCCGCCCUUCCCACCUUUGCGGAGCAUUUGCAUUGACAAAGGAUGCUGAAUUUGAUCGUCUUAUACUAGAUGCCCGACCUCCUAACGACCUAGAGAGUACAUUGAAUGAUUGGGUUCAGACAUUAGGAGCCAUCCAGCCUGUGCUUCAGAUUGAACUUUCCCCGGAAGAAGAUCUUCGGUUCUCUGGGACGGACCUCAAGGACUAUUACUACUGUUUUCGAGUCAGCCGUCGCAGAGCCCUCCGAAACGCCCUUCGUCUACCGCUGCGGCCUUCCCAGGUUCGACAUUUGCAUGCAUACAAGGACCAUAUGAAGAGUGCCAAAGUUCUAUAUCCCUGCCUGUCGACUAUGGCCAUGGGUGACAACAAUGCAGUAGAGAUAGGUCAGAAGGCGCACAUGAAGAUAGGGUUGACAAGUCAGCUUUUUCGAUCUCAUGAACUCCUCACGAUCCACGGCCGUGCACCUCGAGGGUCCAUGGCGUGCGGAGUGGUGAUUGACGACGUCCUCUUCUGCGAGAAGGUCAGUCGUGACUUGGGAAAAGAAGGACAAGAAGGGGUCAGAACGGAGGGAGUACGCCGGUUGGAAGCCUUGUGUGAGGAGUACGUCCAGCGUGGUCUCCUUCCUCAUCCUAAGAAGACUUUUAAAGGGGACAAGACAGCAAGUAUUUGGAGAGCUGAAAUCAACGGGUCGACGGGCGUGUGCAGGCCGGCUGCUCGGCGAUUAGUUCCUCUGCUUCAGCUCACGAUGAGAGUAGCCCGGCUAGGCUACGCUUCAGUGGCUUUGCUGGAAAUUUUAUGCGGGUGCUGGAUCUCGAUCUUGCAAUUCCGUCGCAGGAUGAUGUGUCUGUUGCAAGAGACCUAUAAGGUACAGAGAGGGAGACAGAGAACUGAUGUCAUCGCCCUGGCUGCUCCGUUAGUGGAUGAGUUGUGGGUUUUGUGUUUUCUAGCCCCCUUGGCUGCCACCAACCUCCGUGCCUUUACCCAUGAUGAGAUCUUUUUAUCCGAUGCCUCUGAGAGCUGCAUUGCUGCGGUGAAGACUCAAGUGUCUCGCUGUUUUGCCCAGGAGCUGCGACGUCAUUGCCUGGCUCGUGGGACCUGGAGCCGCCUUCUAGCGCCUUGGCAUAGUUGGAUGAGGGAGCACGCAAAGUUGCUUCCGGAAGAUGAGCUCCCGGACGGAGUCCCUCUUGUUUCUCACCCUCUUUGGACGAAGCUAGCCCAGUAUCUUGCUUUUUCUGUCUGCUCGCGGAGAAUAGUCUCGCGACGCAGGCAUAUCAACCUUUUGGAGAUUGAGGGGAUUCUAGAUGUGGAGCGCAAACUAGCGUCUAAUAGAUCUUCUUUGCGCUACCUCCUCGGAGCAGACUCCCAAGUAGCUCUAGCCGCCUUAGUGAAAGGCCGCUCCGGAUCUGACAGGAUCAAUUCUCUGUUAGAGGAGAGCCUCCCUACAAUUUUGGGGGCCGAUCUUUACGGGGAGUACGGCUACGUGCCGUCAUUAGCGAAUUGUGCGGAUGAUCCAACUCGGGACAGGCCCGUCAGAAGGCCUUGUGAAGAUCCCCCAAGUUGGCUAGCUGAAGCCCUGGUAGGAGAAUUCAAAAAUUUUGAUGAGUGGUUGAGCCUGACCGGCUAUGCACCGCAGCAGCUGGCCAAGCUCCCAUUUGCCAAUGCGUUUUGUACAGAUGCUGAAGCUGUCAAUGAGGAAGUUCUGCUGCCGCUGAGGUCUGUAGCAAAGCCUCAACGUUUGCAAGUUUUUGACGAUGUGCAAGCUGCGUGUAGCAGGCUCAAAGAGCCCGCCAUUGUACAAAAGGAAGAAUCGGAACAAGGAGCAUCUGAAGAGUCUGAUGACCAAACCAAGAAUCGCGACAAGAGCCCGCUAAAAGUUGAAGAAAGCGGUGAGGCCGUCCACCAUUGUGUUGCUUCUGGAGAGGUAGCUCCACCUCCUGUAACUCUAGAAACUGCUGACGGCGCCGCCGACGCUGCAGAGCUGCCGAUAGCUGAGAAUCCUUGCGCUGGCGCUUUAGCUGCGGAGGCUCGGGCGCUUCUUCGCGAGUUCGCGCCGGACCAGUUUGUGCUGCCUGGAGGGAGACGAGCUAAGACCACACCUGCGCUGCAACGCAAAGGUUUCUUGGACUUGUUUAGCGGCAGAGCUGGAACCGCAACUUGUCUUAGUAGACUUUUUGGUGUUUGGGUCCUCACGUUCGACUUCGAACGGGGUGAAGAGCAGAAUUUGUUAAACCCAGAGCUGCGGGAGAAAAUCCUGCAGCUGAUUCGAAGUGACUGUUUCCUCGGCGUGGGAGCUGCCCCAGAGUGCGCCUCUUUUUCUCGGGCAGUGACUCCGGCCGUACGGACUGCCCUGCAACCAGAAGGCAUAGCAGGAGUCACGGAGAAUAUGCAGAAGAAGAUCGAGAUAGGCAACUCACAUGCUGCUUUUAUUUUACUGGUUCUCACCUUGGCAGAUUCCAAAGAGUUGGGUUGGUGGUGUGAGAAUCCUGACGGUUCUUUUCUCUGGCUACUUGGUCCCUACCUCCGUUCUGGGAUUGGCUGCUGGAACAAGAGUUUUAGGUUUGACAUGUGUCGUUAUGGGACCCGGUGGAGAAAACGCACCCGAAUAGCCACCAAUACUUCUUUGCGGAGUCUACGAGAGCUCUGCGCGGGAGGGCACAGUCACGUGCCCCUCCGUGGCCGCUGUGCUGCUAUGAAGUCUUCCUGGACGAGGGUUGCGCAAGUGUACCCCAAAGCCCUUUGUCAUGACAUCGCUACAGCACUGGCUAUACACGCAGGCUUGACCACAACUGGCCGGCAGUGGAAGCUGAAGAUCGGCGCCUGUGCUCACUGCAAUCCUGAGAGGAUUGGAGAGGCUUCAAAACCCGGCCCAGGUCGGUGGCGGCGGCCUCAGCGAGACGCUCAGGAGUUGCUGGAUGUGCGUCUGGUUGAGAAUCAUACGUUUGAGCUGCAGAACCGCGUAUGGGCGCGGUUUCAGGAGUGGCUGUCCAAGAAUCUUUCUCUAGAAGCCCGGAACCAACUUUUUCUGUGUCCGGAGAUUGCUGUCAUGGUUCUAGAACGGUAUGGGUUGCACCUCUUUGCCACUGGGGGAAAGCUCUACGAGUUGAGACACCUUCUAGUGCUGGUACAACAAGAAUAUCCCCGCAUCCGAAUUGCCACUGGACCUUGCUGGCAACUAGUGACACGAUGGGAGCUGCAUCAGCCUGUGAAACAUAGACAGCCAUUACCAGAGAGUCUUUUCAGAGCGAUGUUCUCGAUAGCAGUUCUUUGGAAGUGGACCAGAUGGGCCGCAACACUCCUUUUAGCCUAUGAAGGUAUUUCUAGAAUAGGGGAAGUGUUGGCCGCCACCAGAGGCGACCUAUUGUUGCCCAGCGAUUGUUUCGAUGACAAGCUGUUGAUUGCUUUUUUAAAGAUCAGAAAGCCUAAAAGCAGAAGGCGGGGGAUUGGGAGAAUUCAACACCUGAGAGUUGCUGAUGAAGCUGCUGUGAAAUUCUUCGAACGCCACUUCAGUCGGCUUGAACCUAGCGUGCAGCUCUUCCCGAGAUCCGCAUCAGCUUUCCGAAGUCGCUGGGAUAAGAUCCUCGACACCCUCAAGAUCCCCGUGAACUGCCGACCGACUCCGGCAGGGGUUCGUGGAGGAGGAGCUAUCCUGGCUUACAAGCGUAAUCGGCCCAUACAAGACAUCCUCUGGGCUAUGCGCCUGACAUCGAUCACGACCUUGGAAUCAUAUCUGCAAGAGACCGCUGCAGAUUCAUUACUCACCAGACUCCCUGAAGAUGCAAAACAGAAAGUUCGCCAUGCAGCUAGUUUUUAUGAGAUUGCUCUUAAGAGCUGA